GAAAGGACGAGGCGAGCAGCUCUCUGGUUCAGGAAAACAAUGGCAUUCGAGAUGCCGUACGAUCAAAUAAAGGAGCUCCAGAUCUCACUUCGCAAGGAGGCUGGUCUUGCCUCCUACAACCCGGAAGACCCUCAACUUCCCGAUUUACCCUCUUUCCAAGGCGCAAUUUCCGAGCUUGACCCUUCUCCUCCGUACCUUCGAUGUAAGCAAUGCAAAGGCAGGCUUCUCAGAGGCAUUAAUUCUGUGAUUUGCGUUUUCUGUGGUAUACAGCAGAACAAGGAUGUCGCUCCUGACCCAAUCAAGUUCACUUCUACUUUUGGUUGCCGUUGGUUUCUUCAGUCUCUCGACUUGGAUGGAUCCGAGCUUGUGGCACCGUCAGUCGAAUCAAAUGCAUCUAGCAGAGGACAAAAUACACCAGAAAUUGAGUUUCCCUUAUUAGAUCUUUUAGAUUUAGAAAUAAGAUGGCCUUCUGAACCUGAGAAAUUUGAGAGUAGUGUUUCUGAAAAGGCACCAGCUCAGUGGUUGGGUACUCUGAGUUUGGCUGGAGUUGAUCUGGACAACUUUUUUACUGAAGCUAAAGUAGACGCUGUUUCUGCAUCUACUGAGGAACAGUUUACACUGAAAAAUCAUGAGGAUGCUACUGGAAGUAAUGCGUUUGGAGGUCAUGGAAAUCUUAGCUUGUUUGAGAAUGUCAAGCCUUCUGAGGAAGUUCCUGCAAGCUCGAAGGAAGAUGAAAGUGGUGACUCAUUUUCUGGUUGGGAGGCUGAUUUUCAAUCGGCUAGUUCUGGAACUCAACAACAGGAAUUGAAAUUAUCUGAUCCUUUUAUGGGAUCUGCUGGUACUGGAAUUCAACACCAGGAAUCCAAAUUAUCUGAUCCUUUUGUGGGAUCCUCUUCAGUUGAUCUUUCUUCCCAGAUGGAUGAUGUUUUUGGACCUGGAAAAGAGUUGGUUGAUGAUAAAACAAAAGAAAAUAUAACUUCUGCAUCCAAUAUGAAAGAUUGGUUUGAAGGUGAUCUAUGGAGCAAGUCCAGUACUGAGGUAGCUGUCCAGGAAGAUCAGUUUGAAGUUCCGGAAAAUGCUAAGGAUAACAGAACAGCACGGAGCACAGAUAAUUCUUCUUCUAUGAAUGUUGAUUGGAUUAAAGACAAUCAGUGGCAAACCACCACCAGUAGUAACAUAGCAGCUGAUAAUAGAACCGUCAAUGAAGAUGAUGAUUCAUUUGAUGCUUGGAAUGAUUUUACAAGCUCAACUAGUGUACAAGUUCCUUCUAUUAAUUUGUUGAAACAAGAUGUUAAUUGCACAAUGCCUUCUGUUGAGCAGGAAUCAGAAAGCUUGUUCAGUGGAACUAGUAACUCAAAGGAUGUUGAUUUUGGUAGCUUUUCACAGCAGGAUUGUUUUCCAGAAACUUUUAUCAAUCACAAUGGUUCUGCAGAAGCGGAUACUAUGGUGUCAGAAAGUUCCGUUUCAGAUAGUAUGACUGUCAUGAAUGGAAGAGACGGAGAAAGUCUUGAAGAAGUUGAAAAUUUUUCCAAUGAAAAUUCGAAGUUAAAAGCUGAUGGUGCAGAGAUGUUGAUGUCACAGAUGCAUGAUCUCUCCUUUAUGCUUGCAAGCAAUCUUUCCCUGCCGCAAAAGAAAGAUCCACAUAAGAUAGAUCCAUUUAGUUAUUUUUCUGAUAAAGAUUAACAUUUGUUUUUUUCUUUUUUAAUUUUUGUGAUAUAAAUUUGUUGUUCUAUCUGUGUAUUACAUUUUCAGUAUUCCAUUGUGUGUAUUCUUUAUUGAUAUUAUUAUUAUUAUUAUUAUUAUUAUUAUUAUUAUUA